GCCUCGUAAGAAAACGGGCUGUGUAAGAAUGUGUUCUGAGUGUGGCGUCUUUUUGCUAUUUGGAAAAAUGUGUCCAUUCUUCGCAAUGGACGGUUCCGAAAGGUGGGUGGAAUAUUUUCAAACCACUUCUAGUCGAUCCACCGUUCUCAUUCACUUGCGCUAGAUUUCGAUGCGGUUGUCAGUGGUGUUUUUCGUUCGUCGUGGCUGUACCACCUUUGAACGUUUUGUGGGCAGACGGGGUGGAUAGGUGCAGCGAAGGGAGGGCGCAGAAGUGGCAAAGAGUUGAUGUAACGAAUUUCACACACACUUGCAAAGGAAUGGCGAAUCGUGCACGCACACAAUCGCACCGCACGAUCGUGUACGGAUAAGGGCCGCUACCAUCUGAUGCAAGCAAAAUAAAAGAACAAGAAAAAUAACUUUCACGCGCCAUUUUGUUUUUUCCCGGUUUUGCGGCGCGCAAGGUAGCAACUUUUAUUUGGUGGAGACCAAGUCCGAUCGGAUGCAUGCGUAAUAAAUAGAAAGAUAAUAAUAGUCAUAAUGAGCAAGGAAGCAACGGGUGUGGAAGCUGGAUGAAACGCAAAAGGGUGUAGAGGGGAAGGGGGAAGGGGGGUGUAUUAUUUCACCGCAUCCCACAGCACCCUCUGAUGAACCGUUCGUGCUUGAAGAAUACUGUUGGAAUUAGCUGUAGCGCACUCUUGGAUCAACAAUUUCUUACUCAACGGGGAUAGUGCAACGUUGGUUCGAUGUAUGUGCAUCUGUAUUUGUGUGUUGUGUGUAUGUGCAUCCAAAACAGAACCAUUUGCCAGGAGCAAAUCGCUACGGAAUCUCGUCAGCAUGAGAAAAGCAUUUAUCAGUGCGUUUUGUUCAUUUAUCGCCGUGCAAAUGAUUAUAAAACAGCUCCAUCAUCAUUGGGAAGGACUGCAGAUAUAUUUGAAUAGUGAAAGCAUUGGCAAAAGUGUAAAAGAAAAAACAAACAUUGGUACAGUUAGUGUUUAGGCGAGUAAAACCGAAAAAGAAAAAAAAAACGCGUGCAACCAACGGUAGUGUGAAGCUGUGUCUCUGUGUAUGUGUGUGUAUGUGUGCAUCCCAUUUUACGCAUGAAGUGGGUGAAAAAGAUUUGAGUGCUUUUCCUCAGCAAUAGUGAGUUAUAGCGUUGCGACAGCAUUUUGGUUGGGAUUUAACAAUUUCAGCGAAGGAAGCAAAAAAACAGGAAACAAAAUAAAAGAAAAAUGAACCCAUCAUGAAGCGCGGGAGAACGGAAGAGAUACAAUUUGGGCAACCGCGGGUUCAGCCACCGACGGGUCAGCAGCGUAUUAUCACGACAACACAACCGCAUAAUGUCGCCAGCAGUACUGGCACGACGAUACAGUAUCAGAUACCGCCGAACGUCAUCAAGACGUCCACACCGCCAGAAUCGGUCAAUUCAGUGACGAAUUUGAGCAGCCAACAGCAGCAGCAGCAACAAACGACCCAGCUAGUGCCACCUCAACAAGCUACUAGUGUACAGUACACGACCUCUUACAAUACGACGCUUGGAAGCAACUUGGUAAAAGCGCAGCAGGCGACAAAUCCGCAACAACAAAUACACGUAGUGAACGCGUCGAAUCAGGUACGCGGCCAAAGCCACAAAAACGCGGUGGUAAAUGCAACGGCGGUCGCAACGAACGCGGUUACUCCGAACAAUAACAUUUCUGUAAGCAGUGGUACCGGUAGCGUUACCGGUGGAGGAGUACAGCAGGUGAUCACCACCAGUAUGUCGCCGGGCGUUCUACCCGGCAGUGGGAGUGCGGCGCAAGGCCCACCGCCUCCUCCACCGCAGGGCCAAGCGCAGCUGCAACGGCUAAAGGUCGAGGAUGCGCUCAGCUAUCUCGAUCAGGUGAAAUACCGUUUCGGCAAUCAGCCGCAGGUGUACAACGAUUUUCUCGACAUCAUGAAAGAGUUCAAAUCGCAAAGUAUCGACACGCCGGGCGUUAUACAGCGCGUGUCGAAUUUGUUCCGCGGCCAUCCGGAGCUGAUAGUUGGAUUCAACACGUUCCUGCCUCCGGGGUACAAGAUCGAGGUGCAGGCAAACGAUCAAGGCUGCUAUCUGUUCCAGGUGUCGGUGUCCGUACAACCAACGGCAACGUCCGGUGCCUCGGUAGCACCGCAACCUUCACCACAUAAAUACAACACAAUCUUCCAGGGUGGCGGUCAAAUAGUGCAAUCGACCGGAAGCGGUGGAACGGCAGCGGGAGGUUCGAACGUAGUAACUGCUAGUACGGGCGGGAACGCCGGGGGCGGUAGUGGCGGUGGUACGACGACAACCGGUGCCGUAAAUCUUAUGGCGUAUGGCGGUGGUCAUGCAGCCACGGCAGCACCAGGCGCUAGCGUACCCGUGCACGGUGGAACGUCCCUGCAGCAGCCCACGGGUGGAUCGGUUGGUGGUAAUGCCAGUCCGGCCACUGCCCAGAACGCGCAAUCACUUACGACCACGACGACAACGGCGGGCGGUGGAGGAGUAGGAGCCGGAUCAGGUCCACAGGUGGCACAAAACUUUUCCUCACGCGGCGAUCAUCACCGGGAACGGACGAUAUCGACCGGAUCGGCCGCAAGCAAUGCGAGUCUUCCUGCAGGCGUAACCGCAUCGUCGACAGCCGGGGCAACGGUUGUGACGGCGGUGGAUGCCUCAUCGGCGGGUGGUACGAUCGUGACGGGCGGCCAGCAACAAUCACAAGCCACACCGUCGAGUAUACAUCGAAUAUUAACGCAGCAGAUUAUAUCGCAACAGCAACAGCAAACCGGUGCUGCCGGCAUUGGUAGCAUGGUCCCGACCGGUCUCGUAUCCGCACCGACCCAAGUACAGCAUCAUCAGCAAACGACCUUGCAGCAGGUGCAGCCACCACCGGAAGCCCAGACGGCAACCGUCACCACAACGGUGGUACCUACGCCGACCGCUACCGCGAACCAACCGGUCGAAUUCAAUCAUGCCAUUACGUACGUGAAUAAAAUCAAAAACCGAUUCCACACGCAGCCAGAAAAGUACAAACGGUUUCUCGAGAUUCUGCACACGUACCAAAAGGAGCAGAAAACGUACAAAGAGGGCGCCCAGAGCGGUUGCCUGUCGAACGCGAAGCAGCUUACCGAGGCGGAAGUGUACACGCAAGUCGCGCAACUGUUCGACAAUCAGGAGGAUUUGUUGCGCGAGUUUGGUCAAUUUUUACCGGACGCGACAAGCCACCACAAUCAGGCCGCGAUGCAGCAGCACCAUAUGGCGUCGGGCAAGAGCAACUCGCACAAUUUGGUGGUGAACGCAUCGAUGCACGAUCAUCAACAUGCGCAACAGCAGCAGCAACAGCAGCAGUUAGGAGGUGGUGGUGGUGGUGGUGGACCAACGGCAGGCACGACCACAAUCGUUGGUCUCGCGAGCGGUACAGCUGUGCCGGUUGUGCACGGUGGCAGCGGCAAGAAGUUGGGCAGCUCCAGUAUCGGGAGCGUUGGUGCUGGUGGCGGUCUUGCAAAUUUGAAGUUGUACAACAGUAUGCAACCUUCGAACAUGUCCCGUUUGCAGCAGGAUCGUGAUUAUUCCACAAUGGGAACAGACAGCGUGGGAAUGCAUGGUGCAGGUGUCGGCGGGGCUUUGACUCCGGGAGGUGGUGGUGGUAUCCCCGUCGGCAGUACAAUAAGAACCGCUGGCGGAAGCAUGAUCAGUACCAGUGCCGUCAUGGUGGAGAAAGAUCGUAACCAUCAUAUGGGUAACGUAGGACCUGGUAGUGGUGCUGGAUCCCUUGGUACUGGUGGUCUGAACGCUAAAUAUAUUCACGGUGCGGGCAUGUCCGCAUUGAAUGCUACCGGCGGACUUGUGAGCGGAAAUGUACUACCGCCAGGUGGACCUAGUGUCGUUUCGAAUGUAAUGGCAAGCUUAGUCCCGGGCAGUGUUGGCAGUGGUGGCGGUGGUGUAAAUGCAAUCAAACGUUCUCCAUCCUACGCGUCGCAGAUUGGAUUUGUAGGAUCCGGUGGCCCUUCCGGGCACGGCAACAACAUGAGUUCGGCGCGUGAUCGUGGGGACGGUACGGGACCACCGCCUAUUAAGCGACACAAACCGAUCUGCCGCGAUGUAUCACUGGCGGAAGCGUCCAAGUACGGUACGCUGAACGAUUACGCGUUCUUUGACAAGGUGCGGAAAGCGUUGCGCAGUCCGGACGUGUACGAAGAUUUCCUGCGCUGUCUAACGCUGUACAAUCAAGAGAUUGUUUCGAAAUCGGAAUUGCAAACACUGAUCACACCUUUCCUCAGCCGGUUUCCGGAUCUGCUGAAGUGGUUCCAGGACUUCCUCGGUCCAUCGUCCGGUACCGGUGGUGCCGGUGCGAACGAGUGCAUACCACUAACGGCAGCAGCAGCGGCCGCCGCUCGCCAGGAUCGGGAUCGCACGCAAAGCGAACUGGCAGCGGAUGUGGAUUUGUCCACGUGCAAACGGUUCGGUGCUAGCUACUGUGCCCUGCCGAAAUCGCACGAAGGUGUUAAGUGUUCCGGCCGGACGAGCCUUUGCCGGGAUGUGCUGAACGACACGUGGGUAUCCUUCCCGACCUGGGCCGAAGAUUCCACGUUCGUAACGUCGCGCAAAACGCAGUACGAAGAGUUCAUCUAUCGAUGCGAAGACGAGCGCUUCGAGCUGGACGUGGUGAUCGAAUCGAACAGUGCCACCAUACGCGUGCUAGAAGGCGUGCAGAAAAAGCUGACGCGUAUGUCACAGGACGAAGUGAGUCGUUUCCGGUUAGACGAUUGUCUCGGUGGAACGUCAUCCACGAUACAUCAGCGAGCGCUCAGACGAAUUUAUGGCGACAAAGCGGCAGACAUUAUACAGGGUCUGAAGAAAAAUCCUUCCGUCGCGGUGCCGGUGGUUUUGCGACGAAUGAAAGCCAAGGAGGAGGAAUGGCGAGAAGCACAAAAGAGUUUCAACAAGCAAUGGCGAGAGCAGAAUGAAAAAUACUAUCUAAAGUCGUUGGACCAUCAAGGUAUCAACUUCAAACAAACGGACAUCAAAGCCCUCCGAUCGAAAAGUUUGUUCAAUGAAAUUGAGACACUUUUUGAUGAGGUGAGUUACAUGAAGCGCCAUGAACAGAACGACGAUUCGGCUACGGUCCCGCAGGCCAGCGGACCGCAUAUGACAAUACCGUACAAAGACAAGACAAUACUGGAGGAUGCAGCGAAUUUGCUCAUACACCACGUGAAGCGUCAGACGGGCAUUCAAAAGCAAGAGAAAGCCCGAAUAAAGCACAUACUGCGACAGUUUGUGCCGGAUCUAUUUUUCGCUCCACGGCAACAACUUAGCGAAGACGAACGUGAAGAAGACGAUAAAGAUACCGAAAUGGAGCAGGAUGAGGAAGUUAGCAGCGCGGGCAAAUCAUCUACCACCAGCGUUAAGAAAACUUCAUGUACUGGUUCCAGCUUUUCUGGCAGUAAUACAACGAGUAGUUUCAAUCCAUCCAGUAAUGCAUCCGCCGGAGGCUCGGGUGCUUCUUCCGAACCGUCAGCUACAGUUGCAGUAGAAUCCGAAGGUGGCUCAUCUAAAGAUAGAGAAAGUAGUAAAGGUGGAGAUGAUACCACGACAGCAAAGGCGUCUUCUAUCGGGUCAACCUCCUCCUCGGAGCUGCUAUCACCAACGCCAACCGUUUCCACAUCGUCACCGUUGUCCACGACGCGACCCGGUUCCGAAAGCUCCGGCGAUAAUAACACUUCAAAGGCGGACAGCAAUGGUAACAGCAAUGUUGGUACCGGUGGAAAUGACGAUAGUACUGCGGAUAAAUCGACAACAAUAAAGAUGGAAAUUAAGGAAGAAAACGAUGCAUCUGCGAUGCAGGAUACGAGUGCAGCAACAGGUUCGACCACUGCUGGAACAUCAUCACCGCAGCAACAGCCACUGAGUCCACCACUGCCACCGCACGCCGUAAGCAAACAUAUCGAAGAAGCAUACACGUUAUUUUUCACCAACAACAGCUGGUACCUGUUCCUGAGGUUGCACGCGAUACUGUGCGAACGAUUGCGUACGAUUUACGAGCGCGCGCAAAUAAUCGCCGCCGAGGAACGUGCGUACGAAAGCACGCGCAACAACAGCACCGCCACCGCGCUGCGAUUAAAAACGAAGAGUGAAAUUCGUAUCGAGGAUUACUACAACACGUUUUUGGAAAUGUUGAAAAAUCUGCUCGAUGGUAAUAUGGAGUCGAGCAGCUACGAGGACACGCUGCGCGAGAUGUUUGGCAUACACGCUUAUAUCGCAUUUACGCUCGAUCGGGUUGUACAAAACGCUGUACGGCAGUUGCAACAUUGCGUUACAGAGCGAGGAGCACUGGAGUGUGUGGAGCUGUUCCAGGGCGAACAAAGACGGGGUGGUGCGGGUGGCCUUUGCCGAACGGCUAACCGUCGUAUCCCCACCGAGCUCGCGUACCAACGGAAAGCGGAAACGGCACUACAAGAUGAAAAUUGUUUCAAAAUCUACAUUUACAAAAUCGAUUGUCGGGUAACAAUCGAACUGCUGGAUACCGAAUCGGAUGACACGGCUACUAAUUUCGCCAACGCGCAAGCCUACGGUUCAUAUGUGAAUCGUCUCUCAAACCCCGCUGCCACUGGUACCGGAAGUGAUAGUGGCGGAGGUGGUGGUGGUGGCGGUGGUGGUGGCGGAACUGGUAGUGGUGGCGCAGUUAGUGGAAGUGCGGGUGUCGGUGGAAGUGGUGGUGUGGUUGGUAGUGGUGGUAGUAGCAGUGGAGUUACGGAAACUGGUGUAUCAUUGAACACGAACAGCAGUAAUAGUGCGAACAGUAGUAAUCUCAACAACGCUCCCACCGGAACCAACACUAGCAGCAGUAGUAACACCGGCGGCGGCACAACAAGUGCCGAAGUCAAAACCGAAACUCCCGACGAGGAGCUGAAAUUGCGACCAUUAACGGGCGCUGUACGUAAGGCUAUGUUUCUACAACGUAAUGCGAAGCAGCGAAGAAAAAAUACCGAACGAACGGUUUCGGUGACAAUCGAUGGGAAAUCGGUACCGAUGGUGGAGCUACAAUGUAGCGACGCAGAGGAAGUAACCGCAGACGAUACCAUCUCAUCGACAGAGAACAAAAAUGCAUCGCCCGUAUCAAACGCAAUCGCAAUUACGAACGCGUUGCAAAGUGCUGUCUCGCACAACUCGAAACCACUCACCUACAGUGGUAAGGAAGGAGAUUCCAUCCGGAAGGAAAAUGAUGGUCGUGAUGUAUCAAGCCCAAGAAAGUUGCAAAACGAUGAGAAUGUUGCGGCUGCUAGUACGACAACGGCGAAAGGAGAAUUGAACCUUCUAUCACAAUCCAUCACCCUUGCAACGAUGAAGGAUAAUGGCGGAAGUAUCACCACUGGUGGUAACAAUAACAACAAUGCGCACAAUAUAAAUAACAACAAUAGUGGCGGUAACAAUAAUCCGCUUUGGUUUGGUAGUGGUAGCUUGAAGAAGCCACCACCAUCAUCGGAACGCCAUCUGCCGAGCAUGAAUGGUGCGGAUCGCAAUCUGCUGUAUAUCGACGAUAGCGAGCAGAUAAAAGUGACCCGCACAGGAAAAGCAUCUCAAGGGCAGAAGAAAAAUUUUACCAUGUAUUGGCACGGAUCGCUAACGCGUUCGAGAAAGAGUCACUGUCGAGUUACUACACGAAUGGACCAGCGAUUUAAGCGUGUCGUUAAUCGGUGGUUAGAUCAGCAUGUUACUGACACGCAACGGACAUCGUGCGUGGAUUGGCUGCUCGGUAAGCGACAAGAUCUAGUAAAGAGUACUACCUCCGUUAUCGUUCAAGACAACGGGUUAAGCCGUGCUCCGUACGCACCAUAUAAUAGAUAUAAGGUGAAUCCAAUAGAAAUGGACUAGCGUUAGAGUGAGGACAGCAGCGGUACCAGUUAUGGUGCUAUUGAGGAAGUACUGGAGUAGUGUGACCGUUGUAUCAAUGAAAGAAUGUUUUACUACAAAACUACUAAGGAAAAAGUGUAAUGGCGCGGGCUAAUCUGAAAAAAAAGAUGCCAGUUCUAUGUGCCGCAUUGUUAAUUAAGUUAAUUAAAUUAAUUUAAAGCCCCCCCAUUUGAACAUGUGUACCUAUAAGUAUGACAAUGUGCCUCUUAAGUCAAAAUAUUAGAGAUAAUGAACGAGUGGAGAAACUUUAAUAAUACUGUUUUAUUUAAUGUCUAUGCUUAGUUUCUUUAAGUACUUUUUUAUUUGUGUGGGGCCUCCACGCACUGUACCAAUCUCUGUGUGUGUGUACAAUUGUUGUGUUGGCCAUAGCCUUUAAAAGGAAUAGCGUUAUGUGAGGGAUUGUGGAUCAGCAUAAGGAAUAAGUUGAAGUUAUUGGUUUGCUUCAGGAACAACACAUGUCGUGAACAAAAGACCCUUGUUGUCCACACUCCAGAGCGCAGGAUAGAGCAAUAGUGAAUUUCUAUUUUAUAUUUUAUUUGAUUCAUAUUGUUAAGCUUGUUGUAAAGCAGGAAAUGUAAAUAGCAAACAUCGCGUUUUGUAUUCCUUAUCGUAUAGGAAAAAAAAACUACACAAAUGUAUUGUGUUGACAAAGUGAACGUUUGAUCAUCCUUAGGCCAGAACAGAUAGUAAAGAAUCGUGGUUUAUGAAAAUUAUCAAUCUUUUGCCGUCCAACUGUUUCCAACGAGAAGAAAUAAUGCAAUAUAAUCUAACUCAAAUGUGAAAAUGUAAAGUUUAUAUUUGGAAAGUAAAUAUGGAUGAAAUGUUCGAAAUCAUUUUAACCAAAUGCCGGAAUAGCAGCAUAACACACUCAACCAUAAUAGUGCAAGAGAGGACUUCUGAAUAUCGUUCACAAAAAGUUGGCUGCAACGCGAAGGACAAACAUUGUGGUGUGUGAUAAGACUUUUUCCCCCUUAACGAUUAACACCAAGGUGCAAAUGAGAAUCGUAAAAUAAAUCUGUAAUACUGAUGUGCUGAUGAACAAAGUACAGCACUGCAAAUGAA